AUGCCUCCCCGUGAAAUGUCCGAGAAAGAAAUCACGCAGAUGAACACGGAAGCAAAUGCGGGCGGUCACCGUCACAACAGCAACAACCCGCGUGGCAGCAUGAGCCGCCGACAAUCUUCUCAGAAUGGCGACGACCGCCACCCCCACCACGAGGGUGAGAUGCGCCUAAAGUGGGACGAGGCUAAUCUCUACGUGAAUGAGAGCCAGAUGGGCGGCAAGAUGAAGAUCGACGAGCCGAAAACGCCGUUUGCUAGAAACUACGACCCGGCCGAAGAUGAGGAGGAGAUCGAGAACAUCAACGCCGAGGAGCUUGCGGUAGACGAACUCGACAUGAACAAGGCAAGACCUCGAACCCGGAAAACAUCUGGGUUUGGCGCACGUGAGAGUGAAAUCCCGGACAUUGACCUUGGUGAGCCAGAAAUGGACCACCGAAUUCGUCGUGAUAGCGAUGGCGAGCGCCGUGUGACUGUGGACAAGCAAGCGGACACUGAUCCUGGACAUCAUGGUGAAGAGGACGAGUCUGACAUGAGUCGUGAGGAACUUGCAAAACACCGCAAGUUUGAGGAGAUGCGCAAGAAGCACUAUGAGAUGAAGAACAUCAAGAACCUACUGGGCCAUCCCGAGCAACUCGAUGCGCUGGAAGACGACGAUGAAGAUAUGCAAUCGUGA